AUGUCCUCCGUGAAUAUUGUUUCAAAUAACCAAGAAGAUGACAUCUCUACAUUAAGAACUUCAAGACUUAUCAACUGCAUUUUAAACGCCAUUUGUUCAUUUCCAGCUGCUUUUGGAAAUGGAAUCAUACUACUCGUUAUUUGGAGGACGCCAUCUCUUCAUUCACCUUCAAACACAUUAUUGUUUGGUCUGGCGCUGACAGAUUUCCUCGUCGGUUCGGUUACUCAGCCUUUAAAAGUCGCCUCUUCUGUGAUAUACCUCGUGUCCGAUGAAGAAGGUCCAGUCUCUCUUACCCUGGCGUUUGAUUUUCUCUCCGUUGUGUCAUCUGCGUCGUCUUUUUUCAUAGCAACUGCGAUAAGUGUAGAUAGGUACCUGGUUUUUUACCUGCAUAUGAGAUAUCAAGCCAUUGUCACCAACAAAAAAGUCGUGGUGAUCAUCAUUUUAUGUUGGUUUUUUUCCGCAUUUUGUGGAUUUAUAUGGACCCAGAACACUACAGUUUAUUACCUUGUUGGAAUCGUUUCUUUCCUUGUCUCGUUCACUGUUAUCAUUUUGAUGCACUAUAAAAUCUAUCGCAUUGUAAGACGUCACCAGGCCCAGAUUCAAUCUCAAGCUCGAGUUGGAAUCGAACAAGAAGCGUCAACACAAAUACGGUUCACUCGUUUCACAAAAUCAGCUAUAAACACGUUUUACGUUUGCUUUAUUCUGUUUCUUUGUUUUUCUCCAUAUGCAUGUGUAGCCAUUGUAGUUCAGUUUACAGGACAAAGUCUCACUAAAUUUGUCGCACUGCAGUACACAGGGACGAUAACGUUCAUAAACUCGGCGCUUAAUCCUGUGGUAUACUUUUGGCGACUGCCUGAGAUGCGAAGGGUUAUAAAAAGAACCUUCAGGUGUUGCUUUAGACAAGCACGCGUGCGGCACGAAGAAAUAAAUUCCACUGAAUUAUCAGGCAUGGGAAGGAAAUUCGCCGGAUCUACAUGUAACGAUUUCUGA